CAAGACCGAUAUGUAGUGUUUCCCUCGUGACUUGUCCCUCGAUCUAGACCCACAUCCGAGUCGACCUCAUGCUACUCGCGCUCCUGGCUGCAACGCUGCACACCCUCUUCGUCGAUGCAUCCCCUCUCGCGUCCGAUCUAAUGGUUUUGAAGCUCCCAAUGGGCACUGUUAGUGGUUCUCCGCCCCGAAUGGCACCGAGAAGUGGCUCGGCAUCAGAUAUGCGCGACUGCCUGCUGGCCAUGGCACACUGCGGUUCAAGGCCCCUGUUGCAGAGCUAAACCUAGGAGAUGUUUCUCCCGUCUCUUGGCCUCAACGGGGUGCGCGGUAGGAUCGAGCGCGAAUGAGUUCUUGCAGAAAGUUCCAUUUGAGACUCUGGUGAAUGUCAGUAACUCGAUGCUUUCUACGACUGUGAUCCAGCAACGGUGGGAGCCCGCAGUCGGACCGAGGGGCAGUUCAAAACAAGCAUGACUUCGCAUAGCUCGGGGUGCAUUUUGCAUCUGCCAUACCUCAGUGGGACAAAUGUUUGUGGCGAUCAAUUUUCUCCUGCCACUGAUUUCCACAGUUCACCUUCAGCUUACAUGACGAAGGUACGCUCGUCAGCACGGCAGUUCAGGGCCUCGGACUGUCUGGUUCGGCCGAAAACGAAGCGUUCAGGCAGUUCAUCGGCCACCUAGUCAUCGACAGGAGCACGCUGACUCCGGAUAUGUACCAGAAAUUCUUGGCCAACUGCCAGUGGGCCGCAAACGACAGAUAUCUCGGCGCCCCAUUCAACACCGG